UUAGUUCCACCAUUUCGUUUCACACUAGAUUUUCUGUUAUUCCACACUCUCUCCACAGCUGUUAUUCAAGGCUUGAAAAGUUAAAACGUGACUUCAAUUAAUUUUUAUCGGUUGGUUUUUUUUAAAUUUUUAUUUAAUCGGUUGACCAUAGAAAUUUAUCCAUUAUCGUUGACACGUUGGCCCACAUGCUGCAUAUUUCAUGACCUUUUUCGUUGGCGAUAAGAAUGCAGAAAUACAAGUGGUGAUGCUGUAAUUCCAGUUUUGUUUGCGCCACGAAUAUAGAUAGCUACGAAUUUAAUAUUGCCAUUAGCCCGAUUUUUUGGACUGGACGGCACCCUUAAAUCGCGUUGCUUCUUGUAUCGACUAUUACCAACAUCGGAUUAUUAUCGUUAAUAAUUUCCCAUAUAACAGGACCUAUUAAGAUUUUCGACAAAGAUUAUAAAAGCACCGAAAAAUGCUUCCCGAACUGUAUCGUACGGAACACUCCACUUCGUGCCUGUCUUUCCUUGUGAUUAUCAGUGCGCUUUUCGCUACCACACGAGGAAACAAUAUUACCUCCUCUAGUUUAUUCGAGAGCGUUUCCAAUUCAACUUCAACUGCUACGUCAAACGUUAUAAAACCACUUGAACCGCUGCUGACUUCGAAUGCCGUAAUACUGGCCUCUCCACCGGAAGUGACCACGCCAGCUUCCGCAGAAUCAUCUGCUAGUCCUUCGGAUGUGAGUACCGAGAGUACAACAUCCCCGUCCAGCCAUCUCGUUCACCUUCCGGUUUCGCCACCACCGGCGGUGUUUCCGGAUGCUCCUCAAAUGAUCGACCAAAGACAAACGCAAUUCGGUGAAGGUUAUCUACCCGGUCAAAAGCCCUAUCAAUUAAUUGCACACACUCGUGAACCACAGCCCACAAUCGAUCCCCGGCAGCCAGGUGGACCGCAGAAUUCCGAAGAAAAAUACCACCAAUUAUUUUUCAAAACUAUACUGUGAAUGGCUUUACUGAAACAGUGAAACGGAACCCCCUCGAUUUCUAAAGACAGUAAUAUUCGAUUUCGGAUUUGGCUCACACACGAGAUAGGUAUUCACGGAAGAAUCACCAUGAAAUACGACAAAUUCACUCGUACAACUCCCCUGUCACUCACUAUUGUCAGUCAAAAAAUCGUCUACAGAUACGGUGAAAUUUAUCCAAGGUCUGGGCGUUUAAAUCGCUAUGCGAAUCAUAUAUUACAGAUCAGAACACAUCUGGAAGAAUUUCAGAAUUUCUUGUAA